GCUGUCGGCGUCGCCUCUGCGCCCAAGAGGCGUGGAGCAAAGGGCGCGGGAGCCGAGAGCGCUGCGGCCACGCUCCCCGCGCAGAGCCGAGAGGGAGGGGCCGGCGGGGGCCGGGCAGCACCAUAGGCGGCGCGCCGGGCUCGCGGCGGCUCAGUCUCCUCUGGAGCCCAGCCCUGGCCGGCGAGAGCGGUGGUGAGCGCAAGCUGGAGCGGGAGCCCGAGCCUCCGAGCCGGGAGGCGAAGGGCCGAGAAGGCUGUGGACCGAAGCGCGCAUCGCGCUCAGACCCCCGCGGUGUGCGCGUCCUCCUGGCGGAUUCCGCAUCAAUGUCAAAAAUAUUUCCUGUGGAGCAUAAGAACCCCUGAUUGUGGAAGUGCCUCCCAAACACCAUUAACUAUAAAGUGAGGCCAAGUAUGCAAGAACCAUCUGGUUGAGUUUACAAUUUGAAGACCACCGUAUCCACCAGAAGACCCAGGAUGCAUCUGCACCAAAGCACCACCAUCACUUUCUUUGAGAAAUGGUGUUCAGAUAAGUCACCAUCUGGCUGCAAGAGACAUUAUAAUGUCAGGAAAAAAUUAAAGUUAAUUCGAAUCUUAGGCCUUUUCAUGGGCCUGGUAGCCAUUAGCACUGUCCCGUUUUCAAUCAGUGCCUUUUCUGAGACAGAGACCCAGAGCACAGGAAAGGCCAGUGGUGCAAGUGGCCCUAAAGUAGCACAUGGUUACCCUCAGAGGACUCUCUUAGAUUUAAAUGACGAGAUUUGGGAUUACAGUCCACAACCACCUCUUUCACAGGAAGGCAAAUCUGAGAACAGUACAGAUCAUUCCCAAGGAGACUACCCAAGAGACAUCUUUUCCCUCGAGGAGCGAAGAAAAGGUGCCAUCAUUCUGCAUGUCCUUGGAAUGAUCUACAUGUUCAUAGCCUUAGCCAUUGUCUGUGAUGAGUUCUUUGUUCCUUCUUUGACUGUCAUCACUGAAAAACUGGGCAUCUCUGAUGAUGUGGCUGGAGCCACCUUUAUGGCAGCGGGGGGCUCGGCCCCAGAACUUUUCACAUCUCUCAUAGGGGUAUUUAUUGCUCACAGCAAUGUUGGCAUCGGCACAAUUGUGGGCUCAGCAGUGUUCAAUAUCCUUUUUGUUAUUGGCAUGUGUGCUCUGUUUUCUAGAGAAAUCUUGAACUUGACAUGGUGGCCGCUCUUCCGGGAUGUGUCCUUCUACAUUGUUGACUUGAUCAUGCUGAUCAUCUUUUUCCUGGAUAAUGUCAUCAUGUGGUGGGAAAGCUUGCUUCUCUUAUCAGCUUAUUUUGCCUACGUGAUUUUCAUGAAAUUCAACGUCCAAGUAGAAAAAUGGGUGAAGCAAAUGAUCAACCGCAAUAAAGUCGUCAAGGUGACAGCACCAGAGGCCCAAGCAAAGUCGUCUACAGCCAGGGACAAGGAUGAACAGGCCCUACCGCCUAAGCCUCGUCUCCAGCGAGGUGGAAGCUCUGCCUCCCUCCACAACAGUCUCAUGAGGAACAGCAUCUUCCAGCUCAUGAUUCACACCCUGGACCCACUCGCUGAAGAACUUGGAUCAUAUGGAAAACUAAAAUAUUAUGACACAAUGACUGAAGAAGGGAGGUUCAGAGAAAAAGCUUCAAUUCUCCACAAGAUUGCCAAGAAGAAAUGCCAGGUGGAUGAGAACGAGAGGCAGAAUGGAGCUGCCAAUCAUGUGGAAAAAAUCGAGCUCCCAAACAGCACCAGCACAGAAGUUGAAAUGACGCCAUCCAGUGAUACUUCCGAACCUGUACAGAAUGGAAAUCUGUCCCACAGCAUUGAAGCUGCAGAAGCCCAGACCACAGAAACGGGUGAAGACGAGGAGGACCAGCCUCUCAGCCUGGCCUGGCCUUCCAACCCCCGCAAACAAGUCACGUUCCUAAUUGUGCUCCCCAUAGUGUUUCCUCUCUGGGUGACCUUACCUGACGUCCGCAAAGCUUCAGCAAGGAAGUUUUUUCCCAUCACGUUCUUCGGCGCCAUCACCUGGAUUGCAAUAUUCUCUUACUUAAUGGUCUGGUGGGCACACCAGGUUGGAGAGACAAUUGGCAUUAGUGAGGAGAUUAUGGGUCUGACCAUCUUGGCUGCUGGGACCUCCAUCCCUGAUCUUAUCACCAGUGUCAUCGUGGCCCGGAAGGGCCUUGGGGACAUGGCUGUAUCCAGCUCUGUUGGAAGCAACAUUUUUGACAUCACCGUAGGGCUCCCACUGCCCUGGCUCCUGUACACCAUCAUUCACAGAUUCAAACCAGUGGCCGUCAGCAGCAAUGGCCUCUUCUGCGCCAUCGUUCUCCUCUUCAUCAUGCUGCUCUUUGUCAUCCUUUCCAUUGCGCUUUGUAAAUGGCGAAUGAACAAAGUGCUGGGCUUCAUCAUGUUUGGCCUCUACUUUGUGUUCCUGGUGGUCAGCGUCCUCCUAGAAGACAGAGUUCUUAUGUGCCCAGUUUCCAUCUAGCAGGAGAAGCCAUAUCUUGAACCAACAGCCUGGAUGGUCCCUCCCCACUCUGGGUUCUAGGCUCCUUGACCUCUCAAGAAGAGGCAGCUGGAACACAGCCCCGGCAUGUGGCGUGUCCCUCCUUGGCCGACGUGUGGAGGGACGGACUCACACUGGACUGGCUCACUUCACAGGCUGCUUCCACCCUUAUCUACAGAAACAUCUUCAUGCAAGAGACAAAGACAACCGUCCAUUUGAGGCUUCUCUCCACUCACCACUGACAGGUACUCCUCGCUGGUCGGAGGUACAUUCAUUGUAAUGAUACAAGCAAUGAUAGAGGCUGUGUAUAUACAUAUAAAAUACACACUUUAUAAAUAGAUGCACCUGAACACACCCCGCCUGUUCCUGUACUUUAUCUCUCCUACCAUGUCUGUAGAAUAAUACAUACCUGUAUACAAACACAAAGAAACAUUUUAUAUAUAUAUAUGUAAUUAUAUAUAUAUAUAUAAAAAUACAAAUGCAUCUUUUCAGGGAUAGCUCUAGUAUAUUUAUAAUACCUAUUUGAAGAGGGGCAUCAACUUUCAGUCUGAGCUUUACCUCUUAAGUACAAGAGAUGAACUAAGGGAAUAAUCGCUGUGACCUUCAGCCUGCUUUGGACUUAUUGGGAUCCUGCCUGCUAAGGUGGAUGUUUUAGGGAAAUAGGGUGCAGGAGGGAGGGCUGGGUGGAGACUGUCUGUAGAGUUGAGCCCUCCAAAACAUUCCCUUCAGCCAAACAGGGAAGACUCUGCCACAGUGUGGGGUAUACUGACAAAACCCACAGCGUUAAUUGGGACAGACAAAGCGAAAUCCACUUUGGGUGGAUACUGGUUUGGGGGCAAAGGGAAGUUGAUCAGGGUUGGGUUUGGGGGGAUUUUUUAAUAUAUAUAUAGAUAGACAUAUCUAUCUAUAUAUAUAGAUAGAUAGAUAUAUAGAUAUAUACUGCCUCAGCAUGCAAGUAGAAACUAUGACUGCAAACCAAAUUAGCACUCUUCUAGGAAACCAAGGCGAUAUAAACUGACCCCAUAUUGUUCCAACGCAUGUCCCAUUAUCAUCAAAAGAAGGGAGGCAAGUUUAGCUGUGAUUGUCAUUUAGACAUAUUUUAUUGCUAAGGGCUCACAUAUAAUCAAAAUGCCACCAAAAGAGCCCGGAUGUGUAAUAAGAAAUACCAUCUAGUAGAGCGCUCGCUUAGUGAGACUCGCCACCCAGUGGGGGUAUAAGGUCCUAGUUCCUUAAUGCAGCUUCCAGGGUGGUCAUAAAGGGCUUCAGUGUCUGAAGACAUCGUUAUCCCUUAGAUACAACGAAAUUGACUCUGAUCGAUACUGCUUGGGUUGAGGCAGCUUAGACAUGUUUGGAAAGGCGUUUGCACACUAUGACGGUUUCUGAGGCCUAUGUCUAAUGGUAUCAGGACCAGGAUUUGGUUAAAGCCUAUGCACCAUCUGUGUCUCUCCUGCCCUUGGGGCCCCAUCUGGGACUCUUCCUCGCUUACUGAAGACAAUACUCAACAGCUUCUUUUCACUGGCUUCAAGCCAGUCACUCCAAGGUCUUGAUUUCCUGAGUUUGCUCAGCAUUCAUGGGAUAUUUUCAUUUCAUUCAUUCAGUGACCCCCAGGUACUGUUUGACACCGCAUAUGAUUUCUCAGGUCUAUGUCAAUAGAAAAUAAAACUAGCAAGGGAGGGGAAAAAAAAGGCAAACUAAACUGAUGAAAAUAAUAUGCAUUUUUCAUUUCCCCCAAGUUAUGCUUUUCCUAAAAUCACUUGUAAACAUCAGUAGAGGAUGGCUCGUUCUGCACUCAUCCUAUCUAAGUUGGCACACACCACAUAUGGGAAACUAUACCAUAUAUGUCCUUGUCUCCAAUCUGUUGUGUCACUGAUCUGCUGUGAUUUUGUUGUCGGCACGUGCCUCCGGUCAUAGGGAGAUAGGAUGCAGAACUCACUGGUGAAAAAAGAGGAAAGGAGACCUGACAGCCCCAGAUCAACCUCAGUAUUCCUUCCACAAAAUCUCCGCUCACUCCACAGAACAUGGCAGUAAUGGGCGGCACGAAUCAUUGCUCUUCACUCACAAGCAAAAGCUGCUUCUAAGUGGAGGCCCACUGGGAAAACAAGAAAUCAAGGAGGCUGCCACCCAGGAGGCUAGCUUUCAAGUCUCUCCAACAUUGCAAAGUCUGGUUUUCAGUUGUGUGAGAGAAACCUGUGUCUCGUUCAUCAAGGGCAGAAUUUUGUAUUGAGGCAAGAAUUCGUGCUAGUUCCUUAGAGUGAAAGAGAAUGAGUAAGUGAACUUCUCGUUACAAGCUCUGGUGGUUUUCCCUGUGCAUGACUUGAAGGGGAGCAAAGUUGCUUAUUGCGUGAAUAUGUGUUGUUGAAGGGUUUGUUAUUUGAAAGAAGGCAUGAACAGGUGACUUUGACUCAACUGUAGAUAGACUGUGUAAAACCAGAAAGGAUGAGGGAGGUCUGGUGCAGCCCUGUUUCCUACUCCAGCGCUUCCUGAUGCUUCUUCUGCCUGCUCACUUCUUCCCGUUAAUUCCCAGCUCACAGCAAAGACUCACCCAAGCAGCCAUGGAGCAUUUUACUUGCCUGGGAGCUCCGUUUCAAAGGGAGUGUGUGAUCAUUAAUGAAAAUUUGUAUUCCAGAAGACAAUAUCCCGAAGCCCUGUUCCCACCUCAGUGAUGUCCACUGACCAUGAUGUACAACUGCAGUGAUCCUUGUUGGCUGGUACUCAGGCAUCUCCUCCCUGCCACUGCUUGCCCUUGCUUUCCCCUCAUGAUGUGUCUGGGAGGUUAUGUGUCAGGCGAGUCUAAAUCCAGAGAGAAAUGUAUGGGAUGCAACCGUAGAUCUUGAAAAGCAUUAACAUCAUUAACAUAAGAAAGAACUUUCCACAUCAUGGUUCUCUGAGUAGGUCAUCUCCACUGCCUUUUCUGCAUGACUGUGUAUGUACAUAUGUAAAUAUGUAUCUUUAUACCAGAUCUAUAUGUGUAUACACAAUAUCACUUACAUCAUCACCCUCUGACCCAAUCACAUUGGGGAUUCAAAAGCAGGAAGCAUCAAGGUUGCCAUAGCGAAGGAAAAGGAGAGUCAUGCACACCAACCACCAAAGCAAACAUUUCUUCUUGAUCUCCCAGGGUUUGUUCUGUGCACAUGCACAUUUGUACCCACUCCAUAUAUUUUCCCACCCAAGAAGAUAGAUGCACAGCCUUACAGAAAUGGCCAGCCAUAUGUAGAAGUAAAAAAUACACGACAGAAAAGUACAGGGGGAAAAAAAUUAGACUGCAGACACUCUUCACUUCACUGGAACAGGGUGUAAAAUAAUACCAAAAAUUCAAGAGCCAAGUUUGUACUGCUCAAUCUGAUAUAAAUGAGCUGCCUCCGAAUGGUUCCAUUUACCCACAGCGAACCGAGCUGUCACCUUCCCUUGCUUGCUGUCACCUCCUCUGUUGCCCUAGGCAGCCUCAGGACAGGAGAGCAACUUGACUCAAACUGAAAGUGCCCAAACAGAACCUUCUAAAUUGCAUCUGGGAAUGCCCACGCAGGGUCCAGCUGCCCUCUGAACCUGACGAGCUCCUGAAGAGCUGAAGCUGGAGAUGAGAUGGUGUUUACACAGCCUCCCAAGCUGUAAGCCGAGCCAGGCAGUGACAGAUCAGGAAAGCACAGUACGUGUGCUGGGAUAGGGGUAGGGUUAUUUAUCAAAUUGAAAGAUGCAGGAGCACAUCCUAACAUCUUUUCAGAAGGUUAUCAAAAGAGGCCGGGACUGUUUCAUAUUCGGGGAAAAUGCUUUGUAAGGCUUCGAGCAGGUGUCACCUGACAAGGGCCAUUAUAAUUUACUUUCUAGGGAAGACAUGAAUCAGGUGCUUUGGCGCCCUUUCAGCAAAACACAGCUGCCUCGCUGAUGAGACAUUUGAUAGUGUUAAAUGUACAUCCAUUACGAGGCAGGGAGAGAGUUGGCAGACUCCCCACCAUUGCUCGUAGCUCUUUAACUGUCCCCUCGGGAACAGGGAGAUAGGAGAUGAGCUAUAAAGGGAAGCCCCCCUCCCACGACACCUUAUCAGCUCACCAAGGGAAUGACAACAGACACAGCUGCUGGCGGAUAGACAGUGGGGGAAGAUGGGACUUCUGCUACAGUGCUCUGCUAAAAUUACUGGGGUGGAAGAUCUGACAUGUGUCUGACAACCUGCCUGAAUCCAGGCAUUUCAGACAACUUCCCUAUAUCUACCAACACACACGUGCACGCACACACACACACACACACACACACACACACAGAGAUUAUGAGGAUGCGAAGCUUUCUUGCGCCUAGACAGAUUGUUACUCCAGUAAGUAAGCGGCCAUAUUAUAAGAGGCAGCUCCGUUCCAAAAGAAAUAAAAGGAAAAUGUUCUCAGGGUGGUUUCUGGAGAAGUCAGCUGUCUCCUGAAAGCUUGUUAUAGAAGCUAUUGCUCAUUCUUGCUAAGCCAGAUCUUAGGUGACUACCUGGCUUAAUAUUUUUAAAAGAUACAUCCUCAACUCCUAUAGUGUCCUCAGUAAUAUUGUCUUCAAAUAGUAGAUAAGAGAUUGUCAUUAAGGGAGAGUUUAUAGUAUGGGGGGUGGUGGGUAAGGAAAGGAAAGAAAGGAGAAAUUAAUUUACUUUCACUAGGAUUCCCAAGAAAGCAAGUGAUAUAGAUCUCUGUAUAGUUUAAAAUAAUUACCAAUUUCAGGCUUUUUUUUUUUAACCAAUUACAAGCGCCUAUAUAGUGUCCCAGAUUAAAAAAAAAAAGGCCCCUUCUCAAGAUUAGGCCUUGGGAAAGAUAGAUAAUGUGCUCCUGGUCCACUGUCUAUUUCACGUGAGCACCUUGCCUUUGUCACUUCAUGUUUCUUUUUUAAUCUCACAGCUUCAUAUUCUUUGAAAUGUAUAGCAGUCGAGAAAAGCAAUAAAGCCAACUAAACUCCAGGACUUAAAAUUACACCAUCACAAUAUUUUUCUCACUUCACUGAGAGCUUUGAAACUGCAUGGGCUGUGGCAUUAAUUGAGGCAUCUGUAGAAAUCAAAGGCACACUCACGUUUGCUAUGGAAGUAACAUGUACUUUCUACCUGGAUCCCCCACCCCCCACCCCUAAUACUACAUGCACUGCCAUGUGACAUGCCUUCCCACAUGCAGGGAAUCGGCCUUGCUCAGAACCACCUGAAUUCCACAGUGGUCUUUAAUCUGACUGGUGACAAUUUUCUUUAGAAAGAGCUACACAGGACAAACCAAUCCACAAGUCAGCCAGUUUUUUAGAGGCAGAAAUGACCCUGUAUUUAUGACUAGAUAGAUAACUAUGUUCAAAUGUGUGAGAGACUGUGCAGCAUCAAAUUAUUUAAACCAAAGCACUUUCACUAAAUGAUGCACAGACCGGAAAACCAUAAAUAAUUAUUUUUAAACAGAUAAAUACCUAAGUCUAAAAGAGGGUCAUAGGAUUUGCAGGGAGUUUGCUAAAGGUUUAAUUCCAUCAAGAGAGUUUGUCCAAACCAUCGUCCUAAUCUGAAGGACAGCCCUUUUAUGGGAAAGAAGCCCUAACCUAGAUCUUUCCGGUGUAACACAGUUCCACGAACUAUUAACAUUUACAACUAUCAGCAUCAGAAAAGCCUUCGUCCAGGUGAACUCAAGCCCCUCAAGUUGAUGACUUACCCUGUUUUUUUCCUCUUUGGCAGAAAAGAACUGCAUCUGGGCACUCUUCACUAUUUACCCGUAACAUAGUUGGGAGUCACCCUAUGUGACCCUUUAUGUUCAUUGAAGUAUCUUUAGAUUUUUAUUUCUGCGUCAUUUCUCCUAACCUUCUUAAUAAUUUUUACAGCUCUUCUCCACUAAGCCUUUCAAAAUGCUUUAUGUUGCUCUUAAAUUAUGGAACCUUCUGACUAGUUAUGACACAAGUAUAAGGUCUGAGCACAGCUGAAUUACAGCCUCGAACCGAACCUAACGCUUUGCUCACUUUUUAUGCAUGUUUCUGUUGCCUUUACCUUUUAGGAAGUCGCACUCCAUUGCUAAUUCACGUUCAUUUUGUGUUCCCUGCGACUCCUGUAACUUUCUUCCAAGACAUUUGGAUGAAGCCAGUGCACUUCUGAGUUUGCCCCAACGCAUUUGAGUAGGUGUCUUACUUACUAUGAGCCACGCUCAAUUUGGCCUUAGGAGUUUCAGUCUGUCUUCUCUAACCCUACAUCCAGUUUUCAAGUCCAGGUUGGACCCAGUUCUUACUCCACUUUAAGAUUCUCACCACAAACCUCCCCAGUUUACAUGCACUUGGCCAAUUUAAUGAGAAUGUGAAUACUCAAAAAUGCUACAUUCUUGCCCCCAACAACUUACAUUUGUAUGAUUGACUACUUCUUGGGGUGGGGGGAGAGGAAAUCCAUCUUAAUUGCUACUAAAAUGUGAACAAAAUUCACAAGCAAAAGAGAGCAAAGUCAUAGAAAUAACCUAAGAGCACCAGCAGGCAUUUAUCCUCCAGUGAAAAGUCUGAAAUGAAAAA